AAUUGUUUGCGCCGCGUCGCUGCAGCCCGGAGCUCGUCGGUGGGAGUACCCCCUGCCUGCGCAGGUCCCUCUUUUGCUGAGCCGUUCCAGUAGUUGGAGUUGUUGUACAACCGGAGCGCGUCACUGAGCUGCGAGCAGCUGAGUGCGCAAACAGAGGCAGAAACGUUAGGUUAUCUUCUGAUACGGUCACACAUCGACCUGCCACUUCUUCUGCCGCUCACAGCAGCAGUGGAAGAAGAAAGGAGAAGCAGCAGCAGCAGCGUCCCGGUCCGGCUCGCGGAGCUCGAGCUGCCGCUUGUGUGGGAGAAAACUCCCGAACACGCUCGCCUCAGCUGGCAUGAGCUAACCGACGACUCCGACAUGGAAACCAAACCGUUCCUGUCAUUGGGGUUUUUGAAGCCCCAGUGCUCACUGGCUCCUCCCAUGCAGCGAGGUCGCUCAUCAGAGGCAUGUUCAUGUUUCAGCGGCGUGUGUCCCCUCCAUCAGCGUCGUCUAUCCUCAGAUCCAUCUGGACAUGUGACCUCCUCACCUUUGGGCUCGCCUACAUCCCAUCGAGGAAUGCACCCACCUCUGCUGAGUCCAAGCUCCAUGGGUCCCUCUGGUUCUCUCCACUCUCCCAUCAGCACCCUGAGUUCCCCGAUGAACGGCCUGGCCUCACCCUUCUCUGUUAUUAGCUCACCCAUGGGACCCCACUCUAUGAACUCACCCGGUAUGGGCUACGGCCCCAGCGUGAGCCCCCAGGUGAGGCCAGUACCGCACAUGCACCUGAACUCUCCAAUGAGCUCGGUCAGCAGCACGGAGGACAUUAAGCCUCCAUUGGGCCUCAAUGGAGUGAUGAAGGUUCCAGCCCAGCCCUCGGGCACUGUGCUUUCCCUCACUAAACACAUCUGCGCCAUCUGCGGUGACCGCUCCUCAGGUAAACACUAUGGCGUAUACAGCUGCGAGGGCUGCAAAGGUUUCUUCAAAAGGACCGUGCGCAAGGACUUGACCUACACCUGUCGCGACAACAAAGACUGUGUGAUCGAUAAACGCCAGAGGAACCGCUGUCAGUACUGCCGCUACCAGAAGUGUUUAGCCAUGGGCAUGAAGAGAGAAGUUUUGUUACAUGCAGCCGUUCAGGAGGAGCGCCAGCGAGCCAAGGAAAAAAGUGAGAAUGAGGUGGAGUCCACCAGCUGCGCUAACGAGGACAUGCCUGUGGAGAAGAUCCUGGAGGCUGAGGAUGCGGUGGAACCCAAAACCGAGACCUACAUCGAGAGCAACCUUGGUGUGCCGUCGAACUCGCCCAACGACCCAGUGACAAAUAUCUGUCAAGCUGCUGACAAACAGCUCUUUACCCUGGUGGAGUGGGCCAAGAGGAUCCCACACUUCUCCGAGCUGCCGCUGGACGACCAGGUCAUCCUGCUACGGGCAGGUUGGAAUGAACUCCUCAUUGCAUCAUUUUCACAUCGCUCGAUUGCAGUAAAGGACGGGAUUCUGCUGGCGACGGGGCUGCACGUCCACCGCAACAGCGCCCAUAGUGCAGGGGUGGGAGCCAUCUUUGACAGAGUGCUUACAGAACUGGUGUCAAAGAUGAGAGACAUGCAGAUGGAUAAGACGGAACUAGGGUGCCUUCGAGCCAUCGUCCUUUUCAACCCAGAUUCUAAAGGUUUGUCCAACCCAGGUGAAGUUGAAGCUCUGAGAGAGAAGGUCUAUGCGUCUUUAGAGGCCUACUGUAAACACAAGUACCCCGAGCAGCCGGGCAGGUUUGCCAAGCUGUUGCUACGGUUACCGGCGCUGCGCUCCAUUGGGCUCAAGUGUCUGGAACACCUAUUCUUUUUCAAGCUGAUCGGCGACACGCCCAUCGACACCUUCCUCAUGGAGAUGCUAGAAGCCCCUCAUCAGAUGACAUAGUAGCAGUAAACCCUCCUAAAUCCAUCCUCUCUCCUCUUCCUCAUGCCCCGCCCCCUCCUCACAAACAUCACCUCUGGGUAGAGAGCCGGGCGUUUUAUUGAGACUGUACGGAGAACACGCCCCCAGCCCCACGCCGCCGCCUCAUCUCCUCUGUUCAUUGACUCUCUUUGACUUUGAAAACAAGAAAUUCACGAUGGGUCUCAUUUAUAACAUGUAUAAAUAUAUAAAUAAGAAGUUCGUAUAUAUAAAAAACAUAUAUAUAAAAAUCAGAUGACAGCGAAACCAGUGGGACUGAAAUGAGGACGACACACACUGAGCCGUCGUUCUCAUCUUGACCUCUGACCUUCUUUUCCCUGAACUUCAGCAGACAGCUGAGACGAUCGGGUUUUUCAGGCCCACAUGAAAGGCUCCACGUUUUGACACCAAAUCCACAAUGAUGUCAUUGUGAUCGGGACAAUCGUAGACUCUUUAAAACCUCUGGGCUGAUCAGACCUGUACCUGAUUUCAGAAAUGGACCAUUUUAGGGGGGUACAAAAUAACAUUUCACCCGAGCAGCAGAACUCAGUCUGACUAAAACACGUCAGCUCUUGCACUAGCUGUUUUUGUUUUUGUUUUGUUUUUUGGGAAGAGUGAGCUUGCCGGAGCUGAACUCAGAGAUGGCUUCAGAAGACUGCAAGUUCUCACAAACCUCAGGUCUCCACCCAAAUCUGACAGAUCCAACCACGUCCUUACUGUAUCAACACUGUGUAACCGGGAGGACAUCUCAUCAACUCGAAUCAUCAACAAAUUUCAGUUAGCUUUCAUGCUACGCUAGCGCCUAACGAACUCAGAUCUCUGAAAAAGUGACUCAAACGAGGAUAAUUAUUAUUCCGCCAGCCUCCGAGCUUUCCAGCCUCCUUAAACAUCCUCCCGGCUCUCAUCUGAUGUCUGUUUCAUCACCUCCACACUCAGACGUCCCUCUGCUUGUUGCAGCGGGCAUCACCCUUUCCACAAACACCUCUACCUGUAUAGAAAGCUACAUCCGUACCACAGUAUUGAAACAGUUUCACUCUAAAAUGGCAGCAAUGCACAAAUACCUCCAUCUCCAUCACUUUUACACUCAUUUACAUGAUGCAGGAGAAGCGCUUUUUGUCUCUUCUUUUCAGCAGAGCCAUUAUUUGUUCAUUUGUUUGUUACUUGGCACUUAACCUCAUGACAGCGGAGUUCUUAACGGAUGUGAUUGACCUCGGAGGUGGAGUUUGGGAGCGCUGACACUCACUCUGUGCACUUCUCUGUAGUGUCAUUCACAUUGAACUGAAAUGUGUAGAUGUGUUGUUUUUUUGUGUGCAUAUUCCUCCUGUUUUUGCCUCCCUGAUUUUUAUUUUUGUCUUUAAAUGCUGCAGCUGCUGCAAAACUAUGCAUUGAGUGCAUUUCCAAAGAUUGCCGAGGUGGGCGUCCACACUGUUCAGAUGUUUGGUAGUUGUUCUGUUCUGGCUUAUUCACCCUUGACUGAAGGAAACAUCCCUGUUUUAGGAAAAAGUGACAUUUAGGAGAGCUUAAAGACACGUUUUUAUGGUUAAUAUGGCAAUGUAUUAGUUAAAGUGGAGAAAAAACACCUAUAGCUUAAUUUUCUGUUCAUUUUCACUAACAGGUCGACACUCUUUGGACCAUAGAAACAAAAACCAAACCUAAGCACUGUGUUUUCAAUCACCCUUUGAUAAAUGCAAGCUUGUAACGCAGUGUGUGUGUGUGUGUGUGUGUGUGUGUGUGUGUGUGUGUGUGUGUGUGUGUGUGUGUGUGUGUGUGUGUGUGUGUGUGGAAUGUUUCACUUGGAUUAUAGAAUAAACUUGACAGUUACAGCAAACAUAUUGGUGAAGUAAAAGCUAAUUUCCUACAUUAAUUCCGUGUUUUUACAUUGAAUUUGAUUGAUUUUAAAAGUGUUUAUCUGUCUGUUGUGUCUGCAGUUUACUAAAUUCCAGCUCAUUUUUUCUGCUUCUUUAACUUUCACUUUGUUUUUGUCAUGAUCCGAUUAGCCUCAAUAAUGUUUUGACAUUGAAUGCAUUUUCUGGCUCAUAUUUAACAAAAGCACCAAAUGAGAUAUGCAACAACAACAAAAACAGAAAAUGUCAUUUCUAUGCUGUUGGCAACCGUUCAUCUCCACAGUUUAUCCCAAACUCAGGAUCCAAAUUCACCUUUGGGAAUGAAAUUCCAAGUCUGAGAUCUCAAAAUGUUUCCAGAAAUCCAAUACAACAAAAAAAUUACCAACAGCAUAUUUUCACUAUAAUUGUACAUUUUUUUAUAGUUUCAGAAAUCACUAGGGCCUCAAGUGCUUGUUGUCAUUAUGUAUGGGUCGUAAACUGAAAAGUGGUUUACAUAUAGAUGACUAGAAUCUAAACUUUUAAUAUUUUCUAGCGACACCUUCACGACUCGACGGAGCACUAACUGACCAAAUCACCGGUCAUAAAAUGCACAUAUAUCAAUAUUUAGUCCUCGAAAUGACCCCCAGUGGUCCUCUCUGUCUCUCUCUCUUCUCUCUACCAGCUUUGAAGUGUCAGAUGUACAAACCUGCUGGACUUCAUUUAGGGUGAAAGUUUGGGGAAGUGUGAGAGGAUUGAUGCGGUGUAUAGUUUGAGCUGUGACCGCCAUCUGGUGGAGGAGAAUCAGCAUUGCAACAGUACUUGAACUUUGCAAGUUUUAAACAGAAAAAAAAACACAAAAGUUUACCCUUCUCUUCAGGCAAAUAUCAUUAGUCACUUAUAGCUUUAAGAUGAGAAAAAGCAGCAAUAACUUUGAUCUGAAAUAUUGGCUUGUUUCGUAUUUACAGGAGGUGGCCUCCAUUAUACAGCCUAUCCAGGUGACAGUAUUAACUGCCAGCUUGAGCUCCGUUUACAGUAUUUCUAUUUCGGGGGAAACAGAGAAAAUGAAAAAUUUUGAGAGUUUUCUGCAAAAAGAUCUUUUUUUCCCCCUAGAGGGUAAUUUUAUCAAGAACAGCUGGUGUUAAACUAUCAAACGUGUGUUUCCAUCUGUUUUCUUGGGUCUUGUGUUUCUCUUUUCUAGCUGACUGUGAGUGGUGACUAAAGCCAUUAAAUCAAUGAAUAAAAUAAGUGUUUGAUGUUCACGCCCCAGCAGGAAAAAAAGACAUGGAUCUCCAUGGAAAAGUUACAAACAUCUGUGUAGAAUGAUUACCUACAAACGCUUUAGAACAUGAAGCUAUAUUUUAAUAUGUAUAUUUGUAUAUAUUUAUAUAUAUAUAUAUAUAUAUAUAUAUAUAUAUAUCAGCAGAUGUUUUUUUGAAGAUUUCCAAAUUCUAAAGUUGGAGGAGUCUUUCAGACCAAACCAGGUGGGGUUUUCUUAGACAUCAGAGAGAUUUGAACUGUUUAUCAAACCAGCAGAAGUGCGUCAGCUCAAAACAACCAGCUUCUCAGCCGUUUUCUGUGACCUUGAAAAAUUAGGAGAAAAAGACAUUUAAUCUCUCCAAAAAACUGUAUAUGUUGCUUAGCAAAUGUGUGUUCGAAUAGAAAAGAAGUGUAAUCAGGAAAAAGCGGAACUUGUGACACAAUCACUGCUUUCUUUGUUGCAUUGACAGUAAAAUGUUCUAGUUGGAAAAAAAAAUGUUGAAAAAAGAUCUAUUUUUGUACAAAGGUAAUUUUAGCCCCGGCUUAUGUACUCUGUUCUUUCCCUUCUUUCUGUGGGUUUGUCAUGUUCGCUGUGGAAAAGCUUAUUCGAGUCUCAUGGGGGGGUCAGCUUUGGCACUUUGGUAACUGUCGCCUUUACUUUGCCAUUUCCAUCCCGUCGCUGCAAGUCGGGAAUGUUUCUGCUCAUUAUAGUUCUUUUUGUUCAUUUUCAAGAUGAAACGUUUUGCCAUCUGUUGUUUGUGGGUUGCUCUAAUGUUCUACCAUGGACAGAAAAAAUGUUAUUGAAUAAAAGAUUAAACUUUGAA